AAACGUCCAUUCGAGAAUAUCGUGAAGAGUGGUCACAUGUAAAACGGUCUGAAGGAAACGGAAGUUGGAUGCUGUGUUAACGGGACCGUAACCACCCCCGGGUAUUUGGUUUUGCCGGUCUUCCGAUACGGCACGGUGCCCCACCAUCAGUGACAUCCGCCACAGAUUCACGGUUUGUUUGCCAUAUCAACUCCACCAAAAGUUUCACGACGGCCAUACCAUCACUCCGCGAUUGCGCCAACCAACCCAGACCUUUCCGUCGCAUAGCCCCGCGGGAGCUCGUCGCCCAUCAUGUCUGAACGAAAAGUGCUCCAGAAGUACUUCCCCCCGGAUUUCGAUCCCUCCGCCCUCACGCGCAAGCGCGGACCGAAGCAGACGGGCCCCAAGGUCCAGACCGUCCGCAUUAUGGCGCCCUUCUCAAUGAAGUGCACAACGUGCGGAGAAUACAUCUACAAGGGCCGCAAGUUCAACUCCAGAAAGGAGACGAACCAAGCAGAGCGAUACCUCAACAUCCAGAUUCACCGCUUCUACCUGAAAUGCACGCGAUGCUCGGCGGAAAUCAUCAUCAGGACCGACCCCAAGAUCGCCGACUACGCCGUCAUCAAGGGCGCAAUACGAAACAUGGAGCCGUGGCGCAACAAGGAAGGCGAAAAGGAGAGCGUGGACGAGAGGCUGGACCGGCUGGAGCGCGAGGAGGCUGAAGCCGCGGGCGAGGAGGAGAAGAACGCGAUGGCGGACCUGGAAGCCAAGAACGAGGAUGCGAGGCUAGAGAUGGCUGCCGCGGACGCGCUCGAUGAGAUUCGCCAGCGCAACGCGCGCAUCCAGCGGUCUGAGAAGGACGGCGUGGACUUUUCUGAGUACGUCGUCCGGCCCGAGGACGAGGAGAGGGCGAGGGAAGAGAGGGAGGACGAGGAGACUGCGAAGAAGGCUUUCGCUGCUGCAAGGGAGAGGCUUGGGGAGGAGAUUAUCGACGAUGAUGAAUAUGACGGAGGGGUAAUCGGAGGACCAUCAACAUCCUCCUCGUCAUCCUCAACGUCAGGGGAGAAGUCGGACGCUGCGGCGGCGGGGACCGUGAGGGAUACUUCAAUGAUGCCGCCGCCACCGCCUCCGGCCAAACGUGUGGUGAAGAAGAAGAAGGAUUAUUCUGCGGCGCUUGGCAUCAAAAAGAAGCCUUCACUGGUCUGAGAGCUGCGCGAUAUGGGAAUAGAAGGCCAUAGGGCGUGGCUGCAGCGCUUUUACCCCUGGCUAUUUGUCGCCUACCUGCAUCACCACGCAGGAGAAAUGGAGAGCAGCUGCACGUCAUUUUCCCUUUCUUACCAUGAUGAAUAGGGCUGUUAUUUAUCACUUGCUGGUAAACUUUAAUCUUUGGGCAUGGCGUUUCGGAAAACGGAGGUCUACCGCACAGACUCUUCCCAGGGUACAUAAUCAAGGCAUUGGGUGGACAGACGGUUGAUGGUGUAAGGGUAUACGUACAAUUGCAAUGUAAGGUAGAAAAUUGUUCAACAAUCAAAGGUCAACACCGACAGAAGGGGUCGAAGCCCAACCCCAAUUUUCCCCCCCUCGUCUCCUUUGACUUUUAAUUCUUCGGACGAUGAAUAGCGAAAAUAAACUCUAGCCAUCCUG